AAAUGGAUCCAAUUAGCAUGCACCAUUGUAAUGACACAACGCCUUUACUGUCUAAUCGUGCAGAUGAAUAUUUAAACUUCGACACGUUCUGCGAAAAGGCAAACUAUUUGACACAUUUUCGGGUCAAUCGAACAUUUUACUGUCAUCAUUUUAUUGUUUUGGGACUUAAACACAUUGAUGAAGUAUCUAAGUUUUUGACCGUGGCUCAUUAUACAGCAUCACUUCCGAUAUCUAGUUACAACGAUAAUGCCACUGGGAAAUUUGUCAGAGAAACGUUCCGUAUCACGAAUGAUGAAACGAAUACACUUUUAGAUUUUAAAAAAGGAGUUGUCUUGGUAACACAUAAAAAUUAUCCGAGAUCGCCUGAAGCAAUUGGAAAGGCUUCUACUCGUUUGCUUUGUCGGCUAGACGAAGAAGCAUAUCACAUUUCAUGUAAUAACUGCGAGCAUAUAGUGAAUUACAUUCUAACUGGAAGUGAUUUUUCUUCUCAAGUUCAGAAUAACAGAAUGAUUGCAAGUCUUUUGAGUGUGGUUACAGCGGAAAUAAAAGACAUUGGCAUAACAAAGGCAAUAAUAUUGUCCUUUCUUGUUUCAAUCGUUGGCGCAAAUCUAAGGCACGCGUAUGUUCACAUUAUUGUAACAACUUUUAUCAGUUUAAUUGCACACACUGCUAACAUCCAUUGUUCUUUUAAUACAAUGGAAAAUAACAUAUUGGAAAAUGCUCGUAUGCAUUUGUCUGAAGCUGUCAGUAUUCCAUAUAUUGAAGGUAUAUCUAAUGUUAGUCUAAUUGUAGACAAUAUUCAUAAUGAGAUGAAUAACACUGAUGUGUGUAAAAUGGCAGCAAAACAAGUAUCGGCGAUGUGGAAGUAUCAAUUACCUAUCCUCAUUGUUGCUAGUUUGUUGAUUGAAACGUUAUUUCUAGUCCUUUUUUACCAUUGCAAACUGCUACCUUUACUUAAAUUUCAUGUAUUGAAAUCUGCAUCAAAAUCAAUGAUUGUCCGAUGUGUUUCGGGAUAUCUUUCAUCUGUAAUAGCGAUUCCUAUCGGGAUGACUGCGGAACUGUUUAUUUUUAUUGAGAAUUGUAACUCAACUGUUUGGUUUUUAAUUAUUACAUUGGUAGCUAGCAUUGGAUUACGCCUAUUAUUUGCCGCCUUGGUUGGAAUAUGUAUUCACUGCAGACAAUCUUCAAAGAACCACGACAUAGCAAAUCAUUCCGAUGAUGCAUACAUUAAUACACCGAGUUUUUCUAUUGACGCAGAAUCUUUGCGUGCCACAAAUCAAAAUGCACGAGGAGUAUUAUGUUGUUUAAGAAAACAUCAUAAUAUUCAAUUUGCAAUAUGCAUGUUUUUCAUAGUUGGUCUGAUCGCAGCAGUGAUAGUGAUUGCUGAAACUAAAGUGAGUUGAAGUGACGAGAUCAAGAAGACUACUGUGGAUUCAUCAUUCAUUAUAGACCAAUUUUCGUGGAUUUUGUGGGUACAGGUGGACAACAAAAUUAAAUCCUCAACGAAUUACAAAAUGUAUAUAGGCUUGUAAGCAGAAUUCGGUCAAACCACGAAAUUAAGUAUCCACGAGCAUGUUAACCUUCUUUAAUCAACGAAAAUUUGUACCGAAGAAUAUAAAUGAAUCUACGGUAAAAGAUUUUAUUCAAAAAUGUUAGAAAAUAAGUUAUUUUGUGUGCGG